AUGUUCACUGAUUUUCUUUUCGUUUAUAUUCCAUCCUCUAAACCUUCCGCUUUUGCUCUAUAUUUGCCAGAUAAAUCAAAAUCUCGUAAUAGCAUUGAUUCUAAGAAGGAAGCAACAAUUCCAAAAGAACCAACAGCAAAUAUUGCUGCACAAACAUUUACAUUUCGUGAGCUUGCUGCUGCUACAAAAAACUUUAGGCCAGAGUGCUUGCUGGGUGAAGGUGGGUUCGGCCGAGUGUACAAAGGUCGGUUAGAAAGCACUGGACAGGUAGUUGCGGUUAAACAGCUUGACCGGAAUGGCCUUCAGGGGAAUCGAGAAUUUUUGGUGGAGGUUCUGAUGCUUAGCCUAUUACAUCAUCAAAACCUCGUCAACUUGAUCGGAUAUUGUGCUGAUGGGGACCAACGGCUUCUUGUUUAUGAAUACAUGCCAUUGGGAUCUCUAGAAGAUCAUUUACAUGAUCUUCCACAGGAUAAAGAACCUUUGGACUGGAAUACGAGGAUGAAGAUUGCAGCCGGUGCAGCUAAGGGACUGGAGUAUUUACAUGAUAAGGCCAACCCUCCAGUCAUAUACCGAGACUUAAAAUCGUCCAACAUCUUACUCAAUGAGGGAUAUUUCCCCAAGUUAUCAGAUUUUGGGCUCGCAAAACUGGGUCCAGUUGGCGAUAAAACUCAUGUUUCAACCCGGGUGAUGGGGACAUAUGGUUAUUGUGCCCCGGAAUAUGCUAUGACAGGUCAGCUCACUCUAAAAUCCGAUGUUUAUAGUUUUGGAGUUGUCUUCCUUGAACUCAUCACAGGUCACAAGGCUAUUGAUAGCACUCGUCCACCUGGGGAACAAAACCUUGUUGCAUGGGCAAGGCCUCUUUUCAAGGAUCGAAGGAAGUUUCCAAAAAUGGCUGAUCCUCUGUUACAAGGCCGUUAUCCAAUGCGUGGACUAUAUCAAGCACUUGCGGUGGCUGCCAUGUGCUUGCAAGAACAAGCAGCCACGAGACCUUUAAUUGGGGAUGUUGUCACUGCCUUGACAUAUUUAGCAUCCCAAACUUACGAUCCAAACGCACCCACUUCCCAGAGUAACAGAAUUGGUCCUUCGAGCCUGAGGCAUAGGGACGACAGAAGGAACACAUCUGAUAGAAUGGAUGGCCUGGACGAGCCAGGUCGUGGUGGCCAAAACGGUUCCCCUGCCACCAAUAAGAACUCGCCUGAUGUCAGAAAAAGAGAUUCUUUCCCGGAAUUCAACACAGGUGCAGAGUUGCGAAGAAUUGAAACUGGUGGUGGAUCCGGGCGGAAAUGGGGUUUAGACGACACUGAUCAUCCCGAUUCCCGAAAAGACAGCCCUGUCAAUGCUGGUAGAGCUAGAGAAACACCAAGAAACCGAGAUCUAGACAGGGAACGAGCAGUUGCUGAGGCUAAAGUGUGGGGCGAGAAUUGGCGAGAGAGGAAGCGAGGAAAUGCAGCAGGAAGUUUUGAUGCUACAAAUGAUUCAUUGCGCUAA